AGCGGACAGCAUCUCAGUAGCCUCCAUUAUCCUGGUUUCCACCUCCUCCGCGGCUGUACAUUUUUUGGCUCCGCGGGCAAAACGGAAAACCGUGAGGGUAAAUAACCCACCCAGAAUAACCGUAAAUAUUUAAAACAAAUUCGCCAAAUUACGCAUUAAAAAAUACCAACACUUGGUAUAUAAAUUUAAAACGGGAAAUACACACGAUGAGUGCCAAUAAACGCGCGAAAACAAUAACUUUAAACGGAAAACUUUAAAAACAAAGGGCUUUCGAAAAACUAAAAAGGUGAUAAGCUAAAAACAAAAUAUAAAUCACAAAUUGGUCUAGAAAUAAACCUACAAACCAAAAAACACCCAAGUCAAGAUUACAGAACACAAAAAAAAAAUACUAAACCCCGGUGCAGAGUGUAAAAUGCCAAAAACUUUUGUGCGCCUCAACGUACAAAAAUUGUAAAGACGCGAAAACAGGGGAAGAAAAUUCAGUUUCUUCUUUAACCGUUUCGAAAAUAAAUAAUAAAGAGAUAGACGGGGAGUGAAAAGCGGGAAAAUGCUGCCCCUUUCGAUGGCCACCGCGGAGGCCAAGCAGCUGCAGCGCGAGUUGUCCAUUUCGGUUGCGUCCGCCGGAGGAGGAGCAACUGCAACUGGUAGUCACCACAAUGGAGGCGUCUCCACCUCGUCCGUCGUCGGUGGAAACACUAAUAGCCUGCUCACACUGGCCCCACCUCGCAAGGAGGAGCUGCGCUUCCUGCCCCUCGCAUCCAUGGGAUCGAAUAAGACCUGCAACAUCACCAUCAGCAAUGUCGUCCAGCCCAUGAAAUCCAAACUGACGGCUGUGAAUUUGAAGAGCUCUGCAGGAGCAGGGGGAACUUCGAUUGUCGCAGGAGGAGGAGGAGCAGCUGCUCCCAUGUUCCAACUAGUGCCCAAUCCCAGCCAGCCUUUGGUGGCCAUCCUGGCACCCAAUCGCAAGACCACGCUGCUUGGAGGGAAUACAUCCAAUCCCCAACCGGUGGUCAUUAGAUCCGGAACUCCUUUGAACAAAAACAGCCUGACAAUCCAUAGCAAUGGCAUGGCCACCAUGACGCCUCUGGUGGCUCCACCACCAACUGGAGGAGCAUCAGGAACGCUCCUGGGAAAAACAGAGCUUCCACAGAAAUUGCAAGCGGCACCUGUGCCCAUUUCCAGUACGACGGCUCCGCCGCAAAUCUCCUUGCUGGCCAAUCCCCUCAAGCCACGUGCUCCAUUGAUACUCAGCAAGGUGGCGGUGGACAAGCUGCGUCUAAAGUUCAACCAGGCGAAGAACAAUCCCAAUUCUUUGGUGCUCCACAAGGCGGCGGCGACAGCGGCGGCGGCGGCUAAUCAUGUGAAGAAACUGGUGACGCUGCCGAAUAGCAGUGGCGAUAGGAUCACCCAGAGCAACAGCAGCAAUCCUGGCCAGCUAAAGACUGUGGUUCCGGUUAAAGCCAUGCCUGUGGUGGCGGAGGAACUGCCCACCAAUAACCACAUGAGCUUGAUUAAGGCCAAACCGGUGGUGAUGAAGGAGGUGCCCAAGAUUCCAACACCUCCUCCAGUUAGGGAGGAGCCCACACUUGAGCCCAAACCCUCUCCUAAUCCUGUGGAGAUAACCCCCAAUGGAGAGACCCCUAAGGAGAUCAAGCAACCUGUUCAGUUGGAGAAACCAGAGCCAAAGGAAUCUCCUCAAGAGAAGCCAUCAAAGCCCCAGGAAGCCGUGAAACUCCAGCCAUUAGUUCCCAAAGAAUCCCCAGAGCUCCUGCCAGUGGAAUCUCCCAAGGAAUCCCCCAAGCUGCAGCGCUCCAAGUCCUUUGUGGCCAUCAAGCCCUCUUGUCCAAUCGCCAACAGCGAGCGACGCCAUUCGGUGGCCAUAAUGGCCAAGGAAAUCGAUGUGAUUGAGCAGCCCAGUGCGCCCAUCGAGACCAUCACCAUAGAAGAUGACGAGGAGAGCGAGGAGGAGGAGCAAAAGGAGCCACAGAAAGAGCAGCCCAAGCAGAAGGAGAUUGUGAUGCCCAUUCUGCCCGCUGGGAUAACCAUUUCCACCACCAGCAGAUCGGCUAAUGUUAAACCAAAACCCGUGCGAAAAGAUUCCUCCGUGACGACAAUCUCCUCGCGAGGGAGUUCCUCCAGCAGCGAUGUGGAGGAGAUCUGUGCGCCUGGGAAAAGAAUCGAGGAGGAGCUAAGUUUACUGCCUGGCAUAAGCAUCAUUAAAGCAGAAUCUUUGAAGCAGUCCAAAGAGGACUUUGAACGCUCUUUGCGCUGCGAUGAACAGGUGCCUCAUACGCCACCUAAAACCUCCUCCUCUUCGUCCUCCAAUUCGGAAACAGCAUCGCCGCCUAAAGUGGUCGAAACUCCUCCUAUAAAGAACGGCAAGCGAUCCUACGACCAUGAUGCGGUCCCUCCGCCCGGCGCCAAGUCGAGUUCCCUCAAGAAGAGCAUGGUGCAGAACCUGGGCAUGCUGAAGUGGCGCGGCCAGCAGCCGGCCAACCUGCAGAACUCCACCAUCCGCUUCGAGCUGAAUCAGUUCAACCUGCUGCAGAUCAACGAGCGCUGUCCGCCGCGCCAGGGACCUGCUGCCUAUUUCGAGAGGGCUCUGUAUGAUCGUCCUGGUAGAAGGCCAUCGGGAAGCAUCCAUCCGCUGCUCUACCUUUGCCAGCGUUGCAACUGCCAUGGACCCGCCGCCGACUUUCUGGCACCACAUUACUGCUCCGUGGGCUGUGUGCGUCGCGCCCAGAAGCGUCGCCUGCCGCCGAGCAAUCAGAAGGACAGCAAGCUGAGUCGCACGGAGCAGGCAGCUCCUCCUCCGGCGAAGAGCCAAUCGAAAUCCCUGGCUGCCAUCCAAGAGCAGCUGGCGCAGCGCUCGAAGGAGAAGUCGCGUAAGCCCUUCCGCUGGAGCGAGUAUCUCAAAACCAAGGGCAAGGAUGUGGCGGCGCCCAUUCACCUCUUCCUCAAUCCCUUUCCCAUCAGCCCCAAUUGCUUCGAACGCGGCAUGAAGCUGGAGGCCAUCGAUCCGGAGAACUGCUCGCUCUUCUGCGUCUGCAGCAUCGUCGAGGUGCGCGGCUAUCGGCUGAAGCUCAGCUUCGAUGGCUACUCCUCGAUGUACGACUUUUGGGUGAAUGCCGACUCGCAGGACAUCUUUCCGCCCGGCUGGUGCGAUGAAACGGCCCGCGUGCUGCAGGCUCCCAAGGAUUACAACUCGGAGCGCUUUAGUUGGAGUCGCUAUCUGGUGAAGACGGGAGGAAAGGCGGCGCCUCGCGUGCUCUUUGCGCAUCUCAAUCUCCAAUCGCAAACGGGAGUGAGGAAUGGUUUUGCCGUUGGCAUGCAUCUGGAGGCGGAGGAUCUGAAUGAUACGGGAAAGAUUUGCGUGGCCACCGUUACGGAUAUUCUGGACGAGCGCAUUCGCGUGCAUUUCGAUGGCUGGGACGAUUGCUACGAUUUGUGGGUCCACGUCAGCUCGCCGUACAUCCAUCCAUGCGGCUGGCACGAGGGUCGCCAGCAGUUGAUAGUUCCUCCAGAGCGGCAAAAGUCUGCCUUCAAUUGGGAUGACUACAUAUCGGAGGUGGGGGGAAUGGCCGCCUCCAAGGAGCUCUUCUCGCCGAGGCAGCCGAUGGAGUACCAGGCCAGGAUGAAGCUGGAGGUGGUGGACCAGCGCAAUCCCUGCUUGAUCAGACCCGCCACUGUGGUCACUCGGAAGGGCUAUCGGGUGCAGCUCCACCUGGAUUGCUGGCCCACGGAGUACUACUUUUGGCUGGAGGAUGAUAGUCCCGAUCUGCAUCCCAUUGGCUGGUGCGAAGCCACCUCCCAUGAGCUGGAAACUCCACCUGGUUAUUUGCAGACUAAACCCUUAAUGCCCUGCGAUGUGGAUGGCUGUCGUGGUUAUGGGAAUGCCAAGAGGUUUAACUUGAAUGUUCAUGCUCUGCGGGAUUGCUGCCCUUAUGCGCCGGAGAACUGGCGACAGUGGCGCUCUAAAACAGUGAAGCCUCCUCGCGUGGCUCCUGAGCAAAUACGCCGGGGAUGGGGGACAAAGAAGCAGAAGCCACAAGCCAUUAAAGAGGAAAUCCAGCCAGAGAUUAGCCAACCCAAACCCGAAGUUGUUAAGCCGGAAACCAAGCGAAAAACGACGACGCCGCCUAAGGAAAAGGUUGUGAAGAAGCAGAAGAAGGAGCAGGCGGAGCAACUCCCCGAUCAACGUGGCCUCUCCAUAGCCAAGUCCUUUGUCAAGGAUUACGGACCGCAGUUCCUGCAAAACUAUCGCCUGUGGCAGCAGAAUAGCUCCUUUGAUGCGGACCAAGUGCGCACCAAUCCGCUGCACUGGACAAAAUGGGAUGUAUACGAGUUCAUAGAACGCGCUUUGGACUCGGCGGAUAUAGCCAGGUCCAUUUUAGACCAGGAUAUAGACGGAAGAGCCCUCUUAAUGCUGGGAAGGCACGAGUUGGACAAGUACCUGAAACUCAAAGUGGGCCCGGCCGUGAAGCUCUACUCUUUGAUAGUCAAUCUGCGCAUUGCGGUGGUCUGCAAGUUUGAAACAAACACCACGGGUUUGGAAAUCAAUGGCAGGACUACUCCAAAACCUCUUCCUGCCAAGAAACAGGAGCAGCAGAAGCCCCUUAGCAAUGGCUACAAAAGGGAGCUUGAAAAGGAGAUCUCCUCCUCCUCCGACGAGCUGGACAGCGAGGACUUCCUCAGCGUCAAGCCGAGCAGCCUGGUGAUUGACGAGGACGCCGAGGAUGGCGAUACCGAUGCCGAUGUGGUCAUGGUGCCGCUGGAAGUGCGCAUGCCCAUGAGCACCGCUUCCUAGGACUUUAGAUUCCACAGGCAGCCAGCCUCCGUUAAUUGAUUUGUAAGAUUAUUUUGUUGCAACGGCCUCCGGGUAUUAAUAUUAUGCUAUAGUCUAUCUAUAUUUAUUCUAUAAGCCGAUCCGAAAUCGAUUAUGUUUGUUUUCCCCCUCCCGUUUAUCAUUCAAUAAAUGAUCCCUCUAGAUAUGUAAAA